UCCAAGAUCAAAACGAAGAGCGGCUCCAAGACCUCUCACGGGUACGUGGAGGACUGCGUAUUUCCCAGCUUCAAAGUUACAAAGUCUGUGAAAAGUGAGCUGACCGACGAGGACGAGGAGGACGAGGAGGAGGACGACUACCGGAUGGGGAUUAAAGCGGGAGAGGAAGAGCGCCUGAGGCCGUACAAUGUAGCCAAAGUUCCCGCGAGCCCAACUUUGAGCUCCUCGGCGGAGUCCGAGGGGGCGAGCAUGUACGAAGAAGUGCGGAGCAGCAACAACAGACUGUUUUAUAAUCUCAAACACAUUUCCAAGCAGGGCGCGUUGCACGCUGCUUCCGUCUCACCAGCAUCCUCCAGGUCAGUUUCCACAUCCUCCUCCUCCAGCAGCAGCAGCAGCUCCUCUUCCGGGGAGGACGCGGACGAUUUGCUGUUUGACUUUAGUUUAAAUUUCGCUCCGAGCGCCCCGGGCUCGGAGCUGGGCAACCCCAAUUCAGGAAACCUCUCCCUGUCUCUUGUGGAUAAGGACCUGGACUCUUUCAGCGAGGGCAGCCUGGGCUCUCACUUUGAAUUCCCAGACUACUGCACGCCGGAGCUCAGUGAGAUGAUAGCCGGGGACUGGCUGGAGGCGAACUUUUCCGACUUGGUCUUCACGUACUGAGAGAGGGGGAGAGAAAAAAAAAGAAAAGAAAAGAAAAACAGUUACUCUUGUAAUGACAGAGAAGGGAGUUGUGAAAUUAUACGUGUCCCGGUCAAAUGGUCUCUAAGCCCUGCCUUUUGUGGCUUUUCUGUCGGGUCCUGGAGAGGGAAGUGGAGGACCAGUGAGCCGAGGUGAGGUUUGAGGAAUGAGAUGCUUAUGAAGAUGGUAGCAGGAAAAAAAAGAAAGAAAGAAAGAAAGAAAGAGGGAGGAAAAGAGGCAAAGUCUGCAGACUUUUUUGUAUCUGACAGCAUGACAGGGUUUAUGGAUUUUCUCCUCCCCCCUCAUAGGUCUGCAUUUACUGUCCAACCUUAGACCAGAAAGGGAAGAAUACGUGAACUUCUAUGCAUCUUAUCCUCUUGAAAACAAAAAACCAGAAAAAUAAAAAUGAAAAAAACCUGCAGGGAGCUGAUCACGAACUGUGGACUGUCUCAAAGAAAAAUCUGUGAACUGAGCUGACAAUUGUUCAGGAUGCUACUUUACAAACUGUUUGAUGUAAUUUUUAAUGCCGCAAAAAUGUUUUUCCUUCUUUUUGUUUUUUUGUUCUUACGUCUUUAUUUUGUAACUGAUUCUGUUUUACCUCCUGGUUUGGAACAAUUAAAGCAGCCUAAACCUCUGCAGAGUUACAGGUGUGGAGGGAAACAUUUUGAUACAUAACAGACCUCAUCUUUUUAAAAGAAAAUAAAAUAUUUUCAGGCAUAUUUUUGUACAGUUUUAACAAAAAAGGGAAUGUUCUUACUGUGCUUUCAGUGAGUUUCAGGCACUUCUUCCCUUUAUCAUUUGUUUUUAUUUUUUAGCAUGCAAGGGAGUCCUGGUUUUAAGGAUUAAGUUAAAUUAAGACUUGCAUCAAAAAUGCCUUGUGAUUUUAAAACUAGGUUUUGUACAGUUGUAGAGCAGAUUUGUUGAGUAUUUGUAGACGAUACAAUGGCAUCAUGGGGAAAACAUACCUCAGAGCUGGAACUAGUUUCAAGAUUGUAUAUGUACUGUAAUAUAGUAAAGUUAGGAGUUUAUGUAUAUCAUACUCGUGAUGUGGAUGGGUCCCAAUCGCAGGUGUGAAACUGGAUUUUGGUAUUUUUUAUGGCACAUACUGUUUUUUCCCCCCUUUCUCAUUUUUUUGUGCAAUAUAUACUCCUAAGAUACAGACCAUCAACAAUUGUAGCAAAUGAUGGAAAAAACAGACUCGUGCACUGUCGACAUCAUUUCAUAUUGUGAUGCUGAAAGCCUGUCCGGGCUGGGAAAUAAACAAAUCAGCUGGAACUGAUACAAAACAAUAUAAUAUGGCCUUACGGUGUGAUGCAUUCUAUUAAAACAGACGGAUUUUACCAUUUGAACGUUAUCUGACACACGUAAUUAGCAGAAAUGGGCAUGUUUGAAUCAAAAAUCAACUGCAAAUUUUGGGAAAAUGAACAAAAACAAACAUGAAAAGGCAUAGUCAAACACAGUGGUGGCCUGGCUUUAGAUUUAACGAGCAAGCAAAAAAAGAACAUUCCAUAGUCCUGUUUCAUGAAAUGAAACUAUUUUGAAACUGAAGACUGCCUUCUUUUUUUAAGACAUUUACCACAAACCUGUAUUUUUUAAUUUCUUGCACUUAAAAAAAGCAGAUAUUGUUUAUUUUUAUGUGGGUCUUACAUAUGAAGUUUGUUUGAUAAAAAGGGUUUUGGAAUAUAGCCUGAUUAUAUGCCAAGACUUUUUGUUGGAAGUUCUAGGCAGUAGUUACUUCACAUUCCAAGUGUGAAUCUGUCUUUGACUCAUCUUUUAAUAAAUAAGUACCUACCACCGUCAACUGUCCUUUCAGUUUGUGAAUAUGUGUACACAGAUGUGUUAUUUCUUGCAUUUGAAAACGAUGUGAUGACAGAAUGAUGCCUAUUUUGUAUGUAGGCGGAUACUCUUUAAUGGAUGGGCUCAGACUACCAUGUGAAUUCACAUUUAAUAAUAAAAAGAAAGAAAAAGGAAAACUUUUUUCAACUGCA